GGAGGGAUCACGACUCGCUGUGUUACAGUGUCUUCUGUCAUCUGAGAAACCGAUGAGUACAGAAAACACACAGAUAGCUUAUUCAUAACCGGUGAUGUGGAUAUAGACUAGACACGGCAUCAAAUAUACGGAAUAGCACGUGAAUUCCUCCGUGGAUUUACACAAAUGAUGCUUGCGUGAAGAGUGUGGAUUUGACCACAGCAUCUCUGGAUUUUAUUCUGCAGUUUAUUCUACGGAGGAUAGUCCUCUUAAACGGAUUUCUCAAUUUUAUUGUAUUUUUUAUUCCAUUAUUUUGGAGACGUUGCAAUCAUUCGGUAAUGAAUGUAGAUCGUGUAGGACAAGUGUUUGACAGUAAACUCAACACCGGUCCAGCACUGUCCUGAGAUGUUUGUCAUGUUUUGGUCAGAUCUGGUAGUCCAGCUCUUGUAAGGUAUUGAACGCAGAACGCUUGAGCAGCUCGAGCUCGAACCCACUGCGUCUCUCAUGUGGGUGUUUGACGCGCAGCGCGCAACAGGAGCGUCAGUGAGAGACGCGUCGCUAUUAUCAGUGUCAUGAUAUCGAUCAUUGAUCAUGGCCAGAAACAGCUCUCUGUACUUUCGCAUCGUUGAAGGAAGAAAUCUGCCCGCUAAAGAUGUUUCUGGGACCAGUGAUCCGUACUGUCUCAUCAAAGUUGACAAUGAAGUUGUGGCCAGGACAGCGACCAUCUGGAAGAACCUGAAUCCGUUCUGGGGGGAAGAAUAUUCCCUUCAUCUGCCCACCGGCUUCCACUCGCUCACCUUCUAUGUGAUGGACGAGGACAACAUUGGUCAUGAUGACGUUAUCGGGAAAAUCUCUCUGAGCAAAGAAGUGAUCGCGGCUCAAGCUAAAGGUUUUGAUAACUGGUUGAAUCUGACUCGUGUUGAUCCAGAUGAAGAGAUCCAGGGCGAGAUUCAUUUGUCUCUGGAGCUGCAAAGAGAUGUGGACAGAACCUGUCUGAAGUGUCACGUCAUCGAGGCUCGAGAUUUGGCCCCGCGUGAUAUUUCCGGGACGUCUGAUCCAUUCACAAGAAUCAUCUACAACAAUCUCAGCGUUGAGACAUCGAUCAUCAAGAAAACACGCUUCCCGCACUGGGAUGAACAUCUGGAGUUGUGUUUGAAUGAAGGUGGAGAUGAUGUUGAUGGAAACAUCACUGUGGAGGUCUGGGAUUGGGAUAUGGUGGGCAAGAAUGAUUUCCUGGGGAAGGUGGAGAUUCCUCUCUCGUGUUUGUCCAGAAGUCCAGUACUGAAGGGAUGGUUUCGCCUGCAGCCGCUGGGAAACACGGAGGAUGACGCUGGGGGCAAGCUGGGUGCGUUACGUCUGAAGGUUCGUUUGGUGGAGGAGAGAAUUCUUCCCUCGGUGUAUUAUCAGCCUCUGAUGCAUCUGCUGGUGGAGACCAUCAUUUCUCCAUCUGAGGUGGAUGAGCCCACGCCUCUGACUUUACUGGAGGAGAUCACAACAGGAGAGAGCCGUCAGGACAUCGCCAUGACUCUGGUGAAGAUUUACCUCGGCCAAGGUCUCAUUGUGCCAUUCCUGGAUUAUCUCAACACCCGAGAAGUCCACAACACCACAGAUCCAAACACACUGUUCCGCUCAAACUCAUUGGCCUCUAAAGCAAUGGAGCAGUUCAUGAAGGCUGUGGGGAUGCUGUACUUACAUGAUGUUCUGAAGCCCAUCAUCAAUCGCAUCUUUGAGGAGAAGAAAUACAUCGAACUCGAUCCGUGUAAGAUAGACCUCAGCCGCUCCAGACGGAUCUCUUUCAAAGGUUCAGUGUCUGAUGCUGAGAUCCGGCAGAGCAGUGUGGGUCUGUUACAGACGUAUCUGAGCAUCAUCAUGGAAGCCGUGGUCACUUCUGUGGCUCAGUGUCCUCCUGUCAUGAGACUUGUGUUCAAACAGCUUCAUAAACGAGUGGAGGAACAGUUUCCACAACCAGAGAAUGAGGAUGUCAAGUAUUUGGCCAUCAGUGGGUUUUUCUUCUUGCGUCUGUUCGCUCCCGCCAUCCUGACACCUAAACUCUUCCAGCUGAGAGAACAUCACGCUGACACACGCACCGGCAGAACACUGCUGCUGCUCGCCAAGGCUCUUCAGAGUGUGGGUAAUUUAGGUCUUCAGUUGGGUCAUGGGAAGGAACAGUGGAUGACUCCUCUGCACUCCAUCAUUCUGUGCAGCGUCUCCUCUGUCAAAGAUUUCCUCGACAAACUUAUAGACAUCGAGUACGACAGCGUGUGUGGAGCUCCUCAGCGUGCUGUGUUCUUACCUUCAGUCGCAGUGAAAGAAGGAUUCAUGCAGAAAUACACGGCAGAAGGUCCACAGCUCAUCAAACGCUUGGCCUUUAAGAAACGAUACUUCUGGCUGAGCUCAGAGACGCUGUCCUACGCCAAGAGCUCAGACUGGCAGGUGCGCACUUCAAUACCCAUCCAGUGUGUGUGUGCUGUGGAGCGAGUGGAUGAAAACGCUUUUCAGCUCCAGAACGUCAUGCAGGUCGUAACACAAGAUACAGAAGGACAACUACAAACCACAUAUUUGCAAUGCAAGAAUGUGAAUGAUCUGAAUCAGUGGCUGUCAGCGAUCAGGAAGGUCAGUGUUUAUAAUGACAACAUGCUUCCAUCAUUUCAUCCUGGAGCGUACCGCAGUAACAAAUGGACCUGCUGCUUACAGCCAGACAGUACAGCCGCAGGCUGCAGUCGGACUCAUUCUGCUGUGACUCUGGCUGACUGGAGCGACCCGCUGGAUCCUGAUGCUGAAACACAGAUCAUAUAUAAAGAACUUCUGCAGGGCCGAGACAAACUCAGGAAGAAAUACCUGGACACACAGGAAAUGGAAACAGCAGAACAGGAAGUGACUUCAUUGAAGACCAAUCAACCGUCAUCAGUGUCAGUACAGGAGCGUGGAGAACGUGCAGGAGCCGUCGCCGCUCGUCUGCUGGAUGUUGUUUUGGAUUUAGAAGAAGCUCAUUCAUCCUUCAAGAGCCGAGAAACAGACGAGAGCGGUUCACUCAUUAUGAGCUUGUAGAGAAUGAAACUCCUCCUCUAACACACGCAUGAUUAUCACUGUACACAGAACUAUAACAUGAAACUUAUGCAAUGCACUCAUGACACGUCUUUAAUGAACACCGCUUCUGAAUGUCUAGGAAUUAUUUGUAUGUUAUUUGUAUGUUUUUACUGUUUUUUUAAACUGAUGCCACACUGUAGCUUUACUAACCUGCUGUGUACAUGUGUGUGUUUGUUAAUCCUGCCGUAUGCAUGCCAUGGCAUUUGCUGAACAGCGUGAGCCUGUGAAAAAACCCCACACAGAAUUAACUAUUCAAAGGGAUACUUCCCCAAAAAUAACUUCCCAAACCUGUAGAUGUUAUUGUUCUGUUUAAGGCAAAAUGAGAUAUUUUGAAGAAUGUAGAGAAGCAAACAGUUCUGGUGCACUGCCAUUUUAAUUUUUCAUUUACGGAAAAAAACAAUCAAUAUGAAAAUUUGUCCUAUGGUGUGAUGGCAAAACGUUAGAAUAAAACGAUGUAAUUAAGAUACUAUUAAUUUUUUUAUAUAUCCUAUAUAUUAUAAACAUGCAUAUUAAUAUGAAUGAAUUGAUUAAUGUCACACCCACCAUAGGUCACAUAGGUUUUAUUUGUAGGCUAUACAAUAAAAAGUAUUUGUCAAUUAUAUAAGGAUACUUAUUUAAGUAAACAAUGUACAUUUUUUGUAAUUUGACCAUUUUUUACAUUUUUGACCAUAUUUCAAAAAUACAGAAAUAAAACUGUAAAAUAAAAUAGGAAAUUCUGUAAAAAUAAUGUACAGUGUACUAUGGCAGUCAAUGGUGUCCCAGAAAUGUCAGUCACUAACAUUCUUCCAAAUAUCUAUCUUUGUGUUCAUCAGAACAAAGUAAUGAAUCCAGAUUUGGAUCAACUUGAGGAUGAAUAAAUGAUGGGAGAAUUUUCAUCUUCAGGUGAAGAAUCCCUUCAACACGUGAAUGACUUGACUACACACUUCUUUCGUGAUUUUUUUCCAACAGGUGUGAAUUAGUUUUUGACCAAAUGAACAGUGUUUCUGGACUCCACUAAUCCUGUAAUAGUAAUCUUUUUUAUAUUUGCACAAAGUCAUUUAUAUAUCUUGUAAAAUCAGCAUUCGUUUGAUUUACCGAUGAUACUUUACAGACUGCUUGGUGUUUAUUUAAGUUUAGUAAAGAGGAAAAAAGACUCAUGAUCUAGAUGUUUCUGUGCACAGAUUCAGGUAACUGGUGUAAAAGUGAAACUGGGACAUGAUGGUUUUGAUGUUUGUGGCUAAUUUAGCUAAUUUAGAAGUUUGUGGCUGUGAAACAAGCUGAAGUUAAACUUUGCAACGUGCCAAAUGGUGUUUUUUGGUUAUGUGAGCAUGUUGGUGCAAGACGACCAUGAAAUAGUGUUGUUGUUGUUUUUUUCGCCAAUUUAUAUAGUUUUUAACAUUUAUUGUUGUGUACAAUAUAAUGCCUUUGUUGGUUAAAUUCACAGAGAGCUUUUUAUCUGCUGUGCCUAUUAAAACUGUUUACACAAAACUGCAGAAAGAAACUUGCGGCAUUUUUUUAGGAUCAGUGG